CGGAGGCGGAGGCGGCCCCGCUGCCCAGCCCCGGCGGCCGCGAGCCGACGGCUUCGCGCCGGGGUUGUCUCUUCACCAGACUAUGAGCUCCUUGAAAGAAGGAAUCGUGUGUUAUUCAUCUUUAUGUUUCCAGUCUAACACAGCUCUUGAUACAUAGUUUAAGCUGAAUUUUGGGAAAUGGCCACUGCCUCACCAAGGUCUGAUGCUAGUAAUAACCACUGUGGAAGGUUACAGUUACAGGUAACUGUUUCUAGUGCCAAACUAAAAAGAAAAAAGAACUGGUUUGGAACAGCAAUAUAUACAGAAGUCGUUGUAGAUGGAGAAAUUAAAAAAACAGCAAAAUCCAGUAGUUCUUCUAAUCCAAAAUGGGAUGAACAGUUAACUGUAAGCGUAACCCCACAGACCAUUUUGGAAUUUCGAGUUUGGAGUCAUCAUACUUUAAAAGCAGAUGCUUUAUUAGGACGAGCAACUAUAGAUUUGAAACAAGCUCUGUUAAUGCACAAUAGAAAAUUGGAAAGAGUAAAAGAACAAUUAAAACUUACCUUGGAAAACAAGAAUGGCAUCAUGCAAACUGGUGAAUUGACAGUUGUGCUUGAUGGAUUGGUGAUUGAGCAAGAAAACCUACCAAGCUGCACCUCAUCUCCAACCAUGGAAAUACAGCAAAAUGGUGGUGCCUUACAUGAAAAUGGAGAGCCUUCAGCAAGGACAACUACCAGGUUGGCUGUUGAAGGUACUAAUGGAGUAGAUAAUCAUGUACCUACAAACACUGUAGUCCAAAACGCAUGCCAUUUGUAUAUAGUUAAUGGAGACAGUGCACCUUCAUCUCCGUCUCAGGUUGCUGCCAGACCCAAAAAUACACCAGCUCCAAAAUCACUCUCAUCUGAGCCUACCAGUGACACUGUUAAUGGAGAAUCAUCCUCAUCUGCGCCAAUUGAUAAUGCUUCCGCCAUGGAUAUUCCUGAAGCAUCUGAAGAAGCCACUUUAACUUCAAGUUGCACUAGUGCUGCCACAGAAGAUCCUCCCAUUCAAGAGACAGCGACAACAUCCUCAGAACACAGUGAAUGUAUUCCUUCCUCCUGUACAGAACCGGAAUCUGAUGCUAGGAGAAGAUUAGACCCUGAGUCCUCUAAUUCUGGAACUAGUUCUGCUUUUGACAAAUUAAGGCAACCAGAUGGGUGUGUGGAAGCUGUACGACAGCAGUCUGGCAAUACUGGCACAGAAUCUUUGCCAUCGGGGUGGGAACAGAGAAAAGAUCCUCAUGGUAGAACGUAUUACGUAGAUCAUAACACUCGAACUACCACAUGGGAGAGACCACAGCCUUUGCCUCCAGGUUGGGAAAGAAGAGUUGAUGAUCGUGGAAGAGUUUAUUAUGUGGAUCAUAACACCAGAACAACAACAUGGCAGCGGCCUACCAUGGAAUCUGUUCGAAAUUUUGAACAGUGGCAAUCUCAGCGGAACCAGUUGCAGGGAGCUAUGCAACAGUUCAACCAGCGAUACCUCUACUCGGCUUCAAUGUUAACUGCAGAAAAUGACCCAUAUGGACCUUUACCACCAGGCUGGGAAAAAAGAGUGGAUUCAACAGACAGGGUGUACUUUGUGAAUCAUAAUACAAAAACAACUCAAUGGGAAGACCCAAGAACUCAAGGUUUGCAGAAUGAAGAACCCUUGCCAGAAGGCUGGGAAAUUAGGUAUACUCGGGAAGGUGUUAGGUAUUUUGUUGAUCAUAAUACAAGAACAACAACAUUCAAAGAUCCUCGUAAUGGGAAGUCAUCUGUAACUAAGGGUGGUCCACAGAUUGCUUAUGAGCGCAGCUUUAGGUGGAAACUUGCUCACUUUCGUUAUUUGUGCCAGUCCAAUGCACUACCCAGUCAUGUAAAGAUCAAUGUAUCCCGGCAGACAUUAUUUGAAGAUUCUUUCCAACAGAUUAUGGCAUUAAAACCCUAUGACUUGAGGAGGCGAUUGUAUGUCAUAUUUAGAGGAGAAGAAGGACUUGAUUAUGGUGGCCUAGCAAGAGAAUGGUUUUUCUUGCUUUCACAUGAAGUUUUGAACCCAAUGUAUUGUUUAUUUGAGUAUGCGGGCAAAAACAACUAUUGUCUACAGAUUAAUCCAGCAUCAACCAUUAAUCCAGACCAUCUUUCAUACUUCUGUUUCAUUGGUCGCUUUAUUGCAAUGGCACUAUUUCAUGGAAAGUUUAUUGAUACUGGUUUCUCUUUACCAUUCUACAAGCGUAUGCUAAGUAAAAAGCUUACUAUUAAGGAUUUGGAAUCCAUUGAUACUGAAUUUUAUAACUCCCUUAUCUGGAUAAGAGAUAACAACAUUGAAGAAUGUGGCUUAGAAAUGUAUUUCUCUGUUGACAUGGAGAUUUUGGGCAAGGUUACUUCACAUGACCUGAAGUUGGGAGGUUCUAAUAUCCUGGUGACUGAGGAGAAUAAAGACGAGUAUAUUGGUUUAAUGACAGAAUGGCGUUUUUCUCGAGGAGUACAAGAUCAGACCAAAGCUUUCCUUGAUGGUUUUAAUGAAGUUGUUCCCCUUCAGUGGCUACAAUACUUUGACGAAAAAGAAUUGGAGGUUAUGCUGUGUGGCAUGCAGGAGGUUGACUUAGCAGAUUGGCAAAGAAAUACCGUUUAUCGACAUUAUACAAGAAACAGCAAACAAAUAAUUUGGUUUUGGCAGUUUGUGAAAGAGACGGACAAUGAGGUGAGGAUGCGACUAUUGCAGUUUGUCACUGGAACCUGCCGCUUACCUCUGGGAGGAUUUGCUGAGCUCAUGGGAAGUAAUGGGCCUCAAAAAUUUUGUAUUGAAAAAGUGGGCAAAGACACCUGGUUACCAAGAAGCCAUACAUGUUUCAAUCGCUUGGAUCUACCACCAUAUAAGAGUUACGAACAACUAAAAGAAAAACUUCUUUUUGCAAUAGAAGAGACAGAGGGAUUUGGACAAGAAUGAAUGUGGCUUCUUGUCUUGGAGGAGCCUUUGAAUUUACCCCAGCCAAGGAAAACUGCGCAUAGUGUAUAUAAGCUGUUCAUUCUGUACAGUGAAUUGUCUUAACCUCUCAAAGCAUAAACAUUUUCCGUUCUUCCACAGAAAUAUGCAAAACAGUUCAUCAUUUUCUACUUUAUUUAUUGCUCCCUUGAAAUGACGACCAGGAAAAAAGAGCAUCCUUAAAUUUUGAAGCAAGAGACUUUAUUAAAAAUAAGUAUAUAUCUAUAAAAGCAUAUAUGAUAGUGGCUCUAGUUUUAUAGAGCUUAAGGUUUAUUAAACAUGACAGCUGUUCAUUCACAAAGAUCGAAUUUGCUUUACCUUGUUUCUAUGAUCCAGGGGAAAUGUGCAGAUUGCUUCAUGUUCUUCUCCCUUAUGUAACAUCUCCAAAUGGCGUCUACUUGCAUGGCUAUUCAGGAAGGUGUUAAAGGCUUAGGCCAAAUCUUGAGUGUAUUAAAAGAUGCUGCUGGCUUUUCUGAAGACAGGUACUUGAACCUGUCAGUAUGUUUUAAAUAAACACAGUAGUGAAAAUUUCCCUCUUUGCUAUAUCAAGUAAUAUAGUAAAAGUAAAUGAGUGAAACUAUAACUUACAUGGAAGUCAUAUACUAGAUUUAAUAAAAUUUAGUUUGUUAUGGAUGGUGGAAAGAAUUCAUUAAGCAGCCUAGAGGUUUGUUUACAUGUUACUUUGGGGUGAUAGUUACUUGUGAAAUUAAAGAGAUUUGGCUAUUUUGUUUUUAAAAUUUUGUGAUUCUUUAAAUUCACAAUAAAUUAAGUUUGAUAAUUAGGAACAUAUAAAAGGUAACAUGAAGUGUGCACUUUCGUUCAUGUUCAAAGUUGGUUUUAUAAACCAAAUAGAGUUAAAAAAACCAGAUGGAUUAAAAAAAGCUACAUAAACAUCUGAACCCUUAAAUAGGAGACUAAUGAUUUUCUAUUCGUGUUCUAUUUGUGUCAUUUAAAUUCCUAAAAAUUGUAUCUGAAUAAGCAUAAUCCCCCCUUUUAUAUAAAUCACUUUAUUUUUAUCCUAAUAAUACUUCAUACUUCAUUAUAAGGAUAUUUUUUGAACUACAAAGAUGUAUAUAACAAAGCAAAAUUUGGUAUGAAUGACAACGAUGCUGCUUUUGGCAAACUGGGCUCCCUAAUACAGAAAUUUUAAUUUCCAGUUUUAAUCAUGCUUUCAGAUAUACACUGUAAAUUUCAUUAACAAAAUUUUUUAUAACCGAGGCUAGGGAUUUAACUCAGCGGCAUAAGCACCUGUCUUGCAAGCAGGCGGUCGUGAGUUCAAUCCCCAGUACCGAUAAAAAUGAAAAAGACAAAAAAAAAAUUUUAUAACCAUGGAACUUUCUAGAACGUUAUCUAUAAAUAUGCCACUGCUAAGCACAUAUGGAAAACACUAGUACACAAUCUAAUUUCCAUAAACACUAGUUUUUGUUUUUCCAAAAUUUUAUUUUUCUACAUAUUGGACUAUGUUCUGAAUUUUAACUUGAAACCCAUAGUAAAUAUUAAGUGAAGGCAAUGACCAUCAGUUGACUAGACACCUUUCUCAAAUCCUAACUACAAACAUCCUGGUAAUUUUCAAGCUUAAAGAAUUUUGAUCCCUCCCCCCCCCCAUUUGUAUAUUAGGUUACACAGCAGAGGAUGACCACUGGAGGAACAAUGUCCUGUGAACUCUGUUAUGACAGAAGUUAUGAAUGUCAUUCAGUGGAGAUGUAAAAGACUGUAAGUUAGCUGAUCAGACUGACAGGAUGCUAGUCAAAGACAAAACUAUUGUGAUUUAUCCACACACUGGAGUCAGAACAGCUAGAGAAAUGUGACCCACUGGUCUUUCCUUUCUCCUUCUGAUUUGAGCUGAAACAGCUAGAAAGAAAUUAGAAGUAAAAGGUGCACUGUGCCUGGCUGUAGCUCAUGAGCAAACAGUAGACCUAGGAAGGCCAAGACAGGUUCACACUGCUACUUCAUUUUGGUGAUACUCCCUACCGCCAUCAGGGGAGAAGGUCACAUUUUCAUCAGUCACAUCAGUUGUCUUACAGGAAAAGAACCUUACCAGGAUUUGCUGUUUUUUUCUGGGCUUCUGAAAUUGUUAAAAGUAAAAAUGUUACCAUUCCCUCUGCUGACCUGUUACUCCACCUGUGUCAUGCUAACCUGAGAAACUAUACAGGAUGCUAUGUGUUGGCUUUAUUGUCAGGCACCUUCACUCCAGUUAAACAUGCGCCUGAUGGAUACGUUGCAUCUGGACAGAGAAAACUCCACAUAAGUAAUAGGAAGCUGUUAACUUUGGGUUUCUGUGAGUGAAAACCUGAAACUGCCUGUCCCUUAUGAGGACUUGUCAUUUGGGAAAACGAUAGUUUGAGUUGUGGAUACUGUGCUACAAAAAACUUCAGUUACAAAGUCAUCUUCUGAAGGAGGCCCAGCAAUGCUCUGCUGGCCAGCUGUAGUUCUUACUGAACUGCUUUCUCAGUAAACCUGUGCUGUGCUAAAGCCUGUUGUAGGCCUGCUGAGUUCUAAUGUUUGAACCUAGGACAAUCCAGUAGACACUGCAGAAGUAAAACAAAUCUUUUGUUGAAAUAUGUGUACGGGAAAAUAAAAGUUAUUCCAACAUUC